UUACAGCCUAAUUUUGUCUGUUCUGUUCCUAAUUUGAGAAUGCUUUGUCUUGUCCUUUACAGUUCUUCCUCCAUUAAUUUCCACAAGGGCUGCACAUCUUUACACGAGUCCUGCCCUUGCACAUAGCUUGCCGUUACCCCUGUUGAUUACUAAUUAAAAUCAGUGGCUUGGAUGGAUCAGCACCUUUGCUAGUUAAGCAGCAUUGGCUGUCCUGGCUCCCUGCUUUCUGUCUCUCUUAGUUCUGUCUUUUAGUUUUUUUCUUAGGCCUGAAUUUUACACUGAGCAGGAGACUGGCACCUACUGUAGAGGUUUCUGGUAAUGUUUCAGGGAUUUUCAGUACCUCCUCAGGUUUCUGCUGGUGUCUGCCUGCUGGUGUACCCUGUGCUGAUCACUUUUGCCUCCCAGAGUGGCCCCGGAGACCAGCUAAGGUGACCCAGUCAGACGGGUGGGGUAGUAGCCUUGGUGGCCCAGGGCUCGUGAGUGUAGGGCUGAGCAGCACUACAGAGGUGCCCAUUUGUGGUGGUAUAGAGGACGCCAAGGUGGCUGGCCAUGCAAAAGAGGGAGGACUGUGAUUGGAUAGAGGAAGGUGACAUAGAUUACUGGGCUUGUCUGGUGGCCCCGAAUACCAUUCUUACUGUCCUCAGGGGAGGCAGGGGACUCAGACACACCCAGGGGUCCUUGUGAGGACAGAGGCAGAGACAGCAGUGCCACCAAGCUGAGGAGGUGCCCUGGAGGGACUCAGCCAUCAACACCUACAUCUUGGGCUCCUGGGGACCUGAGUGAAGCCUACGGGCUGCCUGUGUUGCUGAGGCAGAUGGGACCUGGGUGGCCCUGUGUGGUGCUCACCACACUGCCCCUGGGGGCCUCUCGAACAUAGCGCCUUCACAGCCAGCAUGUGUGGUGGCUGGGAUGGGACAGCGUCCUUGCCAGCAGCCCUGUCCUCUGUUCCUGCUGUCUCUGGUCUCCCCGCUAUGUCCCUGCAGGUCCAGGCAGGGCUGGGCCCAGCUGCCCAGGGGAUUCCUCCUACCCGCCGUUUCCCAGGAUUGUCCAUACUGGUGUAGUUGUUGGCCUGGCUCCAGGAUGUUUUGAGGAGGCCAGCUCUGUCCAGCCACAGAGGCUGAUAGUGGCACCUGCCACCAGCCAGAGUGGGCAAGGUGAGGGCAGUGGCCUAGCCCAUCGGGAGCUCCGACGAGAGCUGAGGUCUAGGGAAACCAGUAUCUACUGGCUCCAGGAGGGAGGACACCCGUGCCAGUGGGGGAGGCCUGCCAAGUGAGGAGUUGGGCAGCACCUCCAGGUCUCAGGACCUGGGAGCUGGGGGUCAGGGGUGGCUGAGUCCUGGGCAAGUGCAGGGCUGUGGUUGUGAGGAGUGAGGCUGGGAGAGCUGGAGACACCACUCAGGCCCAGGCAUGGCAGUCCAGUCUCCCCACAGGGCAUGAAGGUCAGGGCUGGGCGCGAGGCCCAUCUGUCUCCUUGCAGAAUCACAUGGAGACGGAGACUAUAACAACGGAGUGUGCUACUCCGGGCAACCCUGGCAGAUGGGCCUGGGCCAGGUGGGAGGGAGCCCAUGCUCACCUCUGGAGGUACGGGGCAGAGACCUGUGGUCCCUAAGGUUUCCAAGCACCAGGCUGUGGUGGCUGCCCACCUCUCAACCCUCGGGAUCCCAGUAGCGGCAGGGCCAGCAUCUCUGAGCUCCCCCGCACACUGCCAGCCAAGGUCAGGGCUCAGUGGUGAGGCUCCGGUUUGCCAGUCAGGACUUGCCCAGCUCAGGCAGGGAGGCACAGUGGGCAGGUGGCCUGGCAGGUGUGUGUGUUUGGAGGAGGCUUCUCAACUGGAGAGGUGGAGCCGGAAGCUGCUUCCCCCAAACCAGACUGCUGCAGCUACUGGGCCAGGUGGGAAGGUGUGUGGGGGGGCAUGAGGGGGCCCAGGCGGUGGGGGGGGGACAGCCAGCAAAGGCAGAGCUCACACUUUGAGGCCCCUGCCUUUCCACUGGCACAGGUGCGUGGGGUGUAGUGACAACAGCUCUCCAGGUCGCCUUAGGCCACAGCCCCACACAGGCCAAGCAGGCACUGCCUGGGUCAGAGAGGCUGGGCAGGAGGGGCCUGGUUUCCAGAGACCCCACUGUCUGCUCCAGGGAUGGGAUGGGGAAGGUGCUCCCAGCACAAGAGACACACUGUCCCAGCCUGAGACCCGUGAGGCAGCCUGGAGGGAGGCAGGAGGGCGGUAACCAGGCCUGGCCGACAGCUCCUGGGACAUUCCUAACUGCUGGUGACUGACUCACCCACUUCAAAGCCUUGGCUGCCACUCAGGUACUUUACCUGCACCUGGCACUGUCACUCUGGAGUUCUGCUUGGAGCUGGGCCCCACCUGCUGCUCCCCUGGGCAGGUGCCUCCCUCCUGCCCUUCCAACGUCCACACUGGCUGCAGAGCAGUUCCCAGGGCUUCCAGCCUGUCCUGCCAUGGCUGGGCAGGUGCCCCUGUGGCACCACUACGUGCAGGCUAUCCGGUCGAGGGAGGCGUCCCGUGUGCAGGACUUCCAGCGUGCCGAGGACACCCUGCUCACCCUGCUCGAGCAUGUGCAUGCCUUGGAUGCCCGCUUCCUUGUGGACUACUCCCACCACCUUGAGGCCUUCCAGUUUGCCCUGCGCUCCUCAGAGGGCCCGCUGGACAUGCAGGUGCCGCUGCGGGUGGAUGCCGACACACUCCAGAUCGAGGAGCUGGGGGCUUCAGAGCCAGGGGCUGGGCCCCUGCUCUGCCGGCUGGGCAUCCCCAGGGAAGUGCCAGGCCUGGAGCCAUGGAUGGCUGAGGACGUCUUCAGCGCCUCCUCGGAGUGCGACGCCAAGUGCUGUGGCUACAUCGUGCCCAGCAAGGUCCUGGGUGUCCUCAAGGAUCUGCUGGUGGCUGCCAUGGUGCACUGCAAGCACCAUGGCCUCAUUGCGCCAGGUUCACUGAGUGCUGCCAGCCUGCAGGAGGAGCAGCUCCAGCUGUCCCUGCUGGUGUCCAGUGGCUGGAGGAAGAUCCGCUUCAACAUCGUGCCUGUGCUGAGGAGGAAGUGUGGUGUGCCUGGCCUGGAAGGGGCCCGCUUCACACCAGGGUUCCCCGAGGGCACCCUGAGAAGGAUCGUCAGCCACGGGGUGGACCUGGUGCCCACCAGCGCCCAGCACUGGAGGGUCUGCACAAGCUACCUGCUCACCCGGCUGCUUGGGGAGCUGGGUGCCCUCCGGGGCCACCGCCUGGACAGCCUCUCUCUCCUUGACCGGGUCAACCAUGAGCGCUGGAGGGACGGUGGCCGGGAGCCUGGGCUGACCUUUGACCACCUGAAGACCGUGCUGCUGUGGGCCUGCUCGCUCUUCCCGGCGCCAGAGGACUGGACGGAGCUGCAGGGCGCUGUGUACCGAGUGCUGGUGGUGCUGCUGUGCUGCCUGGCCUCCAGGACCCUGCCGCACUUCCUCCAAGCUGGGCGCGACCUGCUGCAGGGCGGCAGCCUGGACCUGGGCACUAUCUAUCAGCAUGUGGAGGGCUUCGCCCGCCAGCCGGAGGCUGCCCUGCGUAUCCAUGCCACGCACCUAGGCCGCAGCCCCCCGCCACGCACGGGUCACAGGGUCAGGGCCCUGCUGCAGCUACCGGCCAGUGACCCUGCCUACUGGGCCACUGCCUACUUCGAUGUCCUGCUGGACAAGAUCUUCACCGUCCAGGAUAAGGACCGUGUUGCAGCCAUGCAGAGAAUCUUCUGGAAGACCAAGAGCCUGGAUAGCAUGGACAGCUGAGCUGUGGAGAGCUGGGCUUCUCCUGGAGGGGGUGAUGGAGGGGCUUUGUCCCCGGGAUUCCACAGGCCGCCCAAGGGACAGCUGGGACAGUCUGAGUGUGCGGGGUGGUGGCCACAGAGUCAGCCAAGGGCAUGGGGUGAAGGCACAGGUGCCUCCUGGGACCUGGGGUGACCCAGUGUGUGACACUGUCAGGAAAGCUGAGUGGACUUGUCCAGCCUGUGCCUAUGCCACCCUUUGAUGAUAAAAUAUGGGGUGCUCAAACUAAUGUCUCAUUCACACAGGGAGAGGGCUCUGCGCUCUGUGUCUUCAAGUAGAAAUACAGAAGCCUAUGGACAAAGGGGGCUUGUGUGCCGGGGACAGUUCCAACCUCCCGCGUGCUCUGAGAAUGACCCCUUCCUGGGUAUCCCCACUUCCUAGAUGCAGAGGAACCAAGGCCAGCACAGGGGCUCCACAGCUCCCACAGCCAUUCCCUGAGCCAUUUGCCCCUGCUGGCCCUGCUACUCCCACUUGUCACAGCAAAAUGCCCCCUGUGAGGCUGGGGUCCUCUCCCGGUAUCUGACGCCCCUCCUGGUCCGCUCCCCUUCCUUGCUCCCCUGUAUCUUCUUAUUCCCCUCUGAAGCUGCCCAGCCCAGGGCACUCUGCCUUCUCCAUUCCAUCCUCCCCUGGUGUCUGAACACAGCCAUUUCCCUGGGCUCCAGGGAGGGGACCCACCACCGGUGGCCAGCACAUGCCACACAUGUCCCCAUCCCAUGUCCUUAGGGUUGAUGGCCAUGAGCAACAAGAGCCCGGCAAUGAAAGCAGAGGUGCCCAGGGUGGGAGCUGACACCACACGCACUCACAACAUGCAUUGUGCCCUGCGUGAGAACAGGCAUGUGGAGGACAGAAUCGGGUCCAAUCUGAUUCACCAUGUGCCCAGAGGCUAGGUGCCCUGGUGAGGCCCUGGGUAUUGAAUGAGAAUCGGGUGGUCCUACUUAGGAAAAGGAGCUGUGCUGGGGGAGGCCCUGGACACCUGGAGUCACUGUGGAUUCCAGUGCACAGCAGAUGUGAGGCCUCAGGGGCGGCUGCCUGAGCUCACCCCAAGGUGUCUGUGGGUCGUAACCGCAAGGUCGGAAAGACUCUGGGACCAGGCACAAAUAGCACAGGCCAAGAGAGAGCUCCACCCAGCCACACCCCUGCC